ACUGCGCCCAAAAAAAUAAUGGACGGUGGGAACGGUGGUGGGCUGCCUGUAAACAAUAAACAGAGAGCCAUGCUACCGAACAAAAGCAGGGGCGAAUUUACCCGCAACCCGAGAAAAGAUUCAGAGGGGCUGUCAGAGUCUCCAGACCUGGAGUUUGACUAUGCUGAUACAGACAAGUGGGCUGCAGAGCUGUCAGAGCUGUACAGUUAUACUGAAGGACCAGAGUUUGCUCUUAAUAGGAAGUGCUUUGAGGAGGAAUUCAGAACACAUGUGUCUGAUAAGAAAUGGACCGAGCUUGAUGCAGCUCAACACAGGGCUCAUGCUAUGCGCCUGUUGGACAGUCUGGAGGUGAUUGCCCGGGAGAAGAGGCUGAAGGUUGCGAGAGCCAUUCUGUACAUGGCUCAGGGAACCUUUGCAGAGUGCAGCUCAGAGGCUGAGGUGCAGCACUGGAUGAGAUACAACAUCUUUCUGCUCCUGGACGUGGGGACCUUUUCUGCUCUGGUGGAACUGCUCAACAUGGAGAUCGAUAACAGUGCUGCCUGUAGUAGUGCUGUGAGAAAACCAGCCAUUUCUCUUGCAGAUAGCACAGAUCUCAGAGUGCUGCUCAACAUAAUGUACCUGAUGGUGGAAACAAUCCAACAGGAUGACCCGGCCGACAGGCCUGAAUGGAAAAUCAUCAGGGAAACCUUCAGAACAGAGCUAGGAUCUCCUCUGUUCAACAACGAACCCAUUUCUGUCAUGCUGUUUGGUAUGGUUACCAAGUUCUGCAGUGGUCAUGCCCCUCACUUCCCAAUGAAGAAGGUGUUGUUACUGUUGUGGAAGAGCAUACUGUUCACACUUGGAGGGUUUGAGCAGCUCCAGAGCAUAAAGGUUCGUAAACGUGAGGAGCUGGGUCUUCCCCCUCUCCCGGAGGACAGCAUCCGAGUUAUACGCAGUAUGAGAGCCGCCUCUCCUCCUGCGUCUGCAUCUGACCUCAUAGAGCAGCAACAAAAACGGGCACGCCGGGAACAUAAGGCACUGAUCAAACAGGACAACCUGGAUGCAUUCAAUGAAAAGGACCCUUACAAAGCUGAUGACUCUCGUGAGGAUGAGGAUGACAACGAUGACAAUGACAACUCUAUAGAAGCAGAGACAUUCCCACUAGAGAGGGACGAGGUGAUGCCUCCACCUAUUCCUCACCCUCCAUCAGAGAGAGUGUCCUUCCCCAAAGGUCUGCCAUGGGCUCCCAAAGUCAGGGAAAAGGACAUUGAAAAUUUCCUGGAAUCAAGUAGAAGUAAAUUCAUUGGUUACACACUUGGGAGUGAUACAGAUACGGUUGUUGGCUUGCCCAGACCAAUUCAUGAGAGCAUCAAGACGUUAAAGCAGCACAAAUACGUCUCGAUAGCUGAGAUACAGAUUACAAAGGAGGAGGAGUUUCAGAAAACCCCUCUGUCUGGUGGUGAAGAGGAGGUGGAGAUGUGCGCCACUGAGCUGCUCUAUCAGGGAAUUCUGCCCAGUUUGCCUCAAUACAUGAUUGCUCUGCUGAAGAUCCUCCUCGCAGCUGCUCCGACCUCUAAAGCCAAAACAGACUCCAUCAACAUCCUGGCAGACGUGCUGCCGGAGGAGAUGCCGACCACAGUGUUGCAAAGCAUGAAACUCGGUGUUGAUGUCAAUCGACACAAAGAGAUCAUUGUAAAGGCCAUCUCUGCAAUCCUGCUGCUGCUUCUCAAACACUUUAAACUUAACCACAUCUACCAGUUUGAGUACAUGGCUCAACACCUGGUGUUCGCCAACUGCAUUCCUCUCAUUCUGAAGUUCUUCAACCAGAACAUCAUGUCUUAUAUCACAGCUAAGAAUAGCAUUUCAGUGCUUGACUUUCCGUACUGUGUUGUGCAUGAGCUCCCUGAGUUAACUGCAGAGAGUCUGGAAGCGGGAGACAACAAUCAGUUUUGCUGGAGGAAUUUGUUUUCCUGUAUUAACCUGCUGAGGAUUCUCAACAAACUGACCAAGUGGAAGCACUCCAGAACAAUGAUGCUGGUGGUGUUUAAGUCGGCUCCCAUCCUCAAGAGGGCGCUGAAGGUCAAGCAGGCCAUGAUGCAGCUCUAUGUCCUCAAGCUGCUCAAAGUGCAGACCAAAUACUUGGGACGUCAGUGGAGGAAGAGCAAUAUGAAGACCAUGUCCGCCAUCUAUCAGAAGGUCCGACAUCGCCUCAACGAUGACUGGGCUUAUGGCAACGAUCUGGAUGCUCGUCCUUGGGACUUCCAGGCUGAGGAGUGUGCUCUGCGAACCAAUAUCGAACGUUUCAACAGUCGCCGAUACGACAAGAGCCACAGCAAUCCAGACUUCCUGCCUGUGGACAACUGUCUGCAAAGUGUUCUCGGACAGCGAGUGGACCUGCCCGAGGAUUUCCAAAUGAACUAUGACCUUUGGCUGGAGCGGGAGGUUUUCUCCAAACCUAUUUCCUGGGAAGAACUGCUACAGUGAGACUCAACCAACAUCCUCGUGGUUAAAAAAAAACAAAACACGAUUUCAAUCAGGAGUUCAGAGAAACCACCAACAGUGCUCUCACUGAUCAAACCUUGAUGAAAGCAUUAUGUUACAUACAGACUGAAGAUGACGGAUGUAUUUCACUCUCACAAGUCACCCAGGUUUUAACUUUCAGUCAUCACAUUGGAUCAGUGUGGUUUUACGGUUUGAUCAGGGCCCCAACCAAAUGCUUUUUGUGAUGAACUUUUGCCUUUAAGAAUUUUAGCAUUAUUGUAAUUUCAGUCACUUAGACGUGCUCCCUACAGCUUAAAAAAAUAAAAAAUAAAUAGCUGAAAAUUGAUUCAGUGCUAAAUCUGUGGACGUAAACUCAACUCCUACCUUACAUUUACAGGUGUUUGCUCUGUGUGCCUCUUACCUGCUACAGAAAGUCAGUAACUUUGACUGGAAGCACUACAUGACAGUAUGUUUUCUCUGAAUUUCAAAGAAAUGUGUUUGGAAUAAAUAUUAUGUUUUAAAUGUUAAGAAGUGGCAGGGCUCAACACCUUUGAGAAAUAAAUCUAACAUUCCUUGGGUUUAUCUUCUUCCGGGAGGUGAAGAGAAUGGGAUGGAAACAUUUUAGUCAUAAUUUCUGUGUGUACAAAUAAAAACAUGUAUUACUUUCUAAUAGUCAUUACCUGAAUGGGAUACUCUUCUGUGUACCUGACUUACCUAUGGUUUUUUUUGUUGCAUCAGUUUUAGUUGCAUUUUUCUGAGUGUCUCACCUGAGUGCUGCCUACACACAUUUGGCCUGGGACCAUUCAGACUUGUCUUGGUUUACUUUGUUAAAACUGGUUGCACAUGUUGCUGUAAUUUGAUUGUGUGAAAGGAAAUGAAUCAUCAAAGCACUGGUUUGAGACAAGUGUUUCUAAUCUAACUGCGGUGGAUAACUCAAGUGGAGAAAACUAAUAUUGCCAGUUACAGGACCAUUUUCCCCUGUCUUUUUCUACUUUUUGACUUUGCUUUCUUUUGUUUUUGUUUUAUUAUGAAGAUUAAAGAAAUAAGAAUACAUGUAAAUUGUGCAACUUAUUUAUCAUGGCUUUCUCUGUUUUACAUUGACUUAA